GUACCAUAGAAAUAUGAAUUAAAACACAGUGCUGAGUUAAAAUUGAUUUAUAGGAUAUACAAUUACAAUAAUGCCUUUGUAAUAACCAAAUAACAUCAACCAUAAAUGGAACAUCAAUCUGAUAUGGGGGCAUAUGGAGAGAAUCCUAAUGUUCAGAAUUCCGGAAAUUAUAUUACAAUAAUUCCCGUGGAUUAUUCAAGAAGAGGAUAUCCAAUGCAAGCAGAAUACCAAUACAACGAAUUUAGGUCACGAGAAGAAUACUACAGCGUUCAAAGCCAGAAGCUGCAGGCUGAAGUAAACGCACAUCUUUACUCUGUGUCCCAGAGGCUUCCUCAUUUAUCAUACAGUCCCUUAGGUAGACAUAAUGAGUGGGACAAACAUGACACUCACAAGCCGCUGCAACCCGAUUCCAAAGAGAGUAACAGUUCGGACUCGCUGGAGAAAAGUGUUAUGGGAUCAAACUUAAGCAGUUGCUCUAACCAGACUGGAUCCAGCAGUAUAGCCGCAGGAUCAUUCAGCACAACGGAACCUAUAACCAGUGGAGGCAGCUCUUCUAGCGCAAUCUCACCUCCGCUUCCAGGAUCAUCAGGCAGCACAACCUCCUCCUCCACCGUAUCCUCGAACCCCGUGACGUGCGUGUACAUCAUGUCCCGCAUCGCGAUCAUGGUCGAGAUGAGUUCCGAGGAAGUGCCUUCGUGCGUUACUGCAUCUCGGUUCUUGAAUGCUGUGUUGGCGACGGAAGAGUUAGGCAUGACGCAAGCGAGUACCAGGAGUUUGGCUGCGAGCGUGUUUGCGUUGUGGAUGUGCAGUCCGCUUUUAGAAAUCCAAUUGAAGCCCCACCACUGUCCCUGGCGGCUAUGGGCCAGCUGGCAGAAACUUCUCCAACGAUACGGCCACGGCUCCGAGUCACGCCGCAGCAAAGACCAGCCCGUUCUCAGGUUGCAGCGAAAUGUGUUCUUUCCCAAGCAUUUGGAGGAAGGGAUCAAAGAUUCCCGUAUCCAAGAGUUGCUAUACGAAGAAGCUCGUCACAACGUAGUAACAGGUCGAUAUCCACUUGAAAGUGCCCAGGCUGUCAUGCUGGGAGGUUUGCAAGCGCGCAUUCAGCUCGGACCUUAUGACCCUCAUACACACACUGCUAACUUCUUCAGGGAAAACCAAGACAAAUACCUGCCGAAGCACGCGCGCUCAGGACGGUGGGCGCAACUCUUGCCAGCCGGCCGUAAAGGCAGUCCCGAGGCCAAGCUCCUCGAGCAGGCUCAGAGGCCACCAGCCGCGCCACCGAGGAAACUGCGCCACAAGUAUUUGGCGCAUUGUCGGACAACGCCUACAUAUGGGGCGGCGUUUUUCCAAGGGCAGAUAGAGCAGCCGGUCCGCAGCCUCACGAGUCUGCUUACUCACGAAGACAUCCCAGUGUUGGUGGCCGUCAACGCUAACGGCGUUUACGUUAUUGACGAUACUGAGAGUACGGUGCUAUUGGGCCUUCUCUACGAAGAGCUGUCCUGGGAUAUCGGCUUGCCUUCGGAUGACAACGAAGAUUGCCUCCCAUGCCUGUUUCUGCAGUUCAUGGUCGUUGAGAAUGGGCUUCGGGUUUCUAAGAUAUUACAGGUAUUCUCAAAACAGGCGAUAAUGAUGGAUACGCUAAUAGAACACUUUGCUGGCGAGUACCGCAAACGGCUCGGCCAGGAGACUCCAAGUGAUCACGCCGCCAAUUAUGAAUACCAUUCCGACUCGGGCAGCAUAUCCCUCCCCCCGCUCUCGCGGCCGGACUCCCCGCAGCGGCGCCUGGCCAACAAGCUGUCCCGGCUGGCGCUCGCCACGCACGACGGCCGCGGCAACCUGCUCGGCGGCGCCGGCGACUGGAACGCCGCGCCGCACCACCCCAUGCCCUCCUGGAUCCUGCCCAAACACUAGUCCUACCUAAGUGUACCUAAUACUUAUAAAGUGCUGCGUCACACACAAGAACUAGCCAGGAAGGUCAGCAGAGGCAUAGUGUGGCCGUGCCUGACGUCACCAGAUAGUCAUACACAUACAACAUUAUGUUGACAGCGAUUAUGACAACAUCGAAGGUGCAAGUACAUAAAGGUCGCAGCAACUUGCUCGGCGGCGCCGGCGACUGGAACACCGCGCUCCACCACCCCAUGCCCUCCUGGAUGCACAAGCACUAAACUUGAAACGCAGGACUUUUUGUUCAAGUUCAGUAAUUGACCUACUGCGGACUCCCGAGAAAUGCUUCAGACCGCUGAGGUCCGUGGAGUAAAGUAACCAGGUAGGAAAUUGUUAAAUCUGCGCCACACACUCCACGAGGCAAAAACGUAAUGUGGCAACGUGACUCGUCACCGGCCAGUUCGACCACUAUACAGCCUUACCUACUUCCCACACGUAUCGCUGAAUGUCUGGCUGUAUUGCCUACAAGCUUGGAGAAAGUAGUUUAGGAACCCUUUAAAAUAAAAUACUUUAGUUAAGUAUUGACAUAACUUUAUUACUUGUAUAAUGAAUCUCAAUAAAAAUCUAACAAUAUCUAACAGUGUUUUAUUAAACCUAACUUAGCUGACAUUUAAGUAGCAAUACCGAAAAAAACUUGGUUCACGAAUAAUAUUUUGUAUAAAUCAUUAUAAUUGGCAUAAAGCCGAAUGAGAUCAAGAUUACAUAAUAAAACACAAUGGCGCUAUUUUUAACAAUUAUUAAAGUUUUUAUAAUAAAAACGUAUAAUUAGGUUUAAGUAAUAACUAGAUGAAUAACCCUUUACAGAACCAGUGAGCUACAACCUCGGCCUUGUCGUCACUUUCCAUCAGGUGCGAUUAACCCUUCGUCUGUGUCUGUCAAAAAACAAUUCUAUCUAUCUAUCUACUAAGCCCCUUUUUCCUGAAUUAGAGAAUGUCUCUUAGUUCAGUGUGCCGCUUGGCAAGGCCUCCUGUAGCUCUUUCCAUUGACGUCUAUCCUGGGCCACUCUUCUCCACUUCGAGCCCACUGUAAGCUUCAGUUCGUCCUCCCAUCUCAUUCGGGGUUUUUUCUGGCCCCUAGUACAACCUCUAGGGUACCAAUCCGUUAUGAUUUGGCUCCAUUUCUCCUGCUUGUCUCUGAGCAUAUGGCCGGUCCAUCUCCACUUCUGCUGGUCAAUUUUCAAUAGUAUGUCGGUUACUUUUGUUUUUUCCCUAAGGUCUUCGUUUCGAUAAAACAAUUAACUUUGAUAUAUUAUUUUAAAGUCCAACGCCUUAUGUUAGGAUCCUUAUCAAACACAGACGAAGGGUUGGUCAAUCACUGGCCAGUUUACAAAAAAAAAACCAGAUAACUAUAAAAUACGAUAACGUUAGUAUAAAAGCCACAGGAUUCAUGAGACCAUCAACAGCAGGGUCAUCGUAAUUAUAUCUUUUGUAAAUUGCUAAAUAGAUUUUGAAAUAUGUAGGUACAAAAAUGUGUACACAGGUAAGUAGUCUAGAGAAAAAAACAGCAUCAAAGUGGAAUACAAGUUAGUGGAAUGCAAGGUGACUACAUGAACUUAUUGAUGCUAAAAUCCACUUAAGCGAGAAUAAAUUUUUGGCCCCAGUCCAACCAAAAAUUGUCCACCUGUAUGACAAUGGCUUAGUACU